AACUUCCCCCUGGAAGCAAGCCCCUCUGACUUGUAGCUUGGGGAGCCGGAGCCGCUUUCCAAAACGUGGAGGGGCAAAAAAUGCUUUCGGUGAUUCCCGAGAACCAGCAUAUUUUUUUAACUUUUGGGGUCACUAACUGAAGGGCUUUUCCUUAGCGAAUUUCUUAAUCUUGAAGCCCGAACGGAAAAUAAAAAGCGCACCCACCCCAACUUCCGGAGGACCAAGAUCGCGAAGAACAACCAGGAAGCGGCCUGGCUGGGAGCUGCCCCGGCUUCUCUGCUCCGCUCUUGAGGGAGCUUCUCGCGUCCCUACACCGUAUUUUCCUGCCCCGCGUAGCCCCAGCCCUCACCUAGGCUCCGGCCCGGGCCGGCCACUCCGGAGCCUCCAUGUCGUCCGACUUCGAAGGCUACGAGCAGGACUUCGCUGUGCUCACUGCAGAGAUCACCAAUAAGAUUGCAAGGGUCCCCCGACUCCCGCCUGAUGAGAAGAAGCAGGUGGUUGCAAAUGUGGAGAAACAGCUCGAAGAAGCAAAAGAACUGUUGGAACAGAUGGAUUUGGAAGUCCGAGAGAUACCACCCCAAAGUCGAGGAAUGUACAGCAACAGGAUGAGAAGCUACAAGCAAGAAAUGGGAAAACUUGAGGCAGAUUUUAAAAGGUCACGGAUUGCCUACAGUGACGAAGUACGGAAUGAGCUCCUAGGGGAUGAUGGGAAUUCCUCAGAGAACCAGUUGAUAAAAUUACGUGAAGAGAGGGCACAUCUGCUCGAUAACACAGAGAGGCUGGAAAGGUCAUCUCGGAGACUAGAGGCUGGGUACCAAAUAGCAGUGGAAACCGAACAAAUUGGCCAGGAGAUGUUGGAAAACCUCAGUCAUGACAGAGAAAAGAUACAGAGAGCACGUGAAAGACUUCGGGAAACAGAUGCUAACUUGGGGAAAAGCUCCAGGGUUCUGACAGGGAUGUUGAGAAGGUAAGAGCCAGAUGAGGAAACUGAGGCUUAGCAAAGUUCAGUCACUUGCUCAAAGUCACACAACUAUCAAGUCUCAGCCAGGAUUGCAGCCAGUUACGUCCAUCAGCCUUAAGAACUCAGCUCUCCUUGUCUGAAACCUGAUACCGGCUGGGUUCUCAUCCUGCAGUCAGCCUCCAAGGAACCUAAGUAACUAUAUGUGGACAAAGUGAAACGUCUAUUUACAAAUCAGACUAUGCUUCUAUUAAUAUGUUUCAUUUAGAGUAUCGAUGCUGUUUUCAGUGAUAAACCAAGAGUCAGAUUUUUAAGGAAAUAUCUAAGCAUAUUUACCAGCUUCUUUCACCUUAAAUGGGGAAAAAAAUGCUACAGUGGUCCUGAACAACUCAUGUCUAUGUGCCAAGGUUGGCAUAUGAAAUAAUUUCCUAAGAGGUUGCUACCGUAAGACAAGAGGCAAAAUGGCAAAAGAGGUCUUUGAUGCUCUCCAUGUUUUGUGGCGCCCAGCUCUUUUCUUCCAUUCUUUCCUGCCCACCCCACCCCACCCCAGCACCUUUGUCACCUCUGAUGGCCUAAUUCUCCUCGCUGUAACCCCACCUGGGCCGGUCUGUCCCAAAAAUGCAAUCCCCAGUGGAAACAGCCCAUGAAAGACAAUCUCUGGGGAAAGCAGUCUGAGGAAGGUAAAUUACACUAAGACUUAAUCUUGGGACAUAACUGAGUUUUAUAAGAGCAGAAACGGAGACAGGUAAUAUGAUGAACUCUGGACUUUUACCUCUGCUUAGGACAGCCCACUGUUUUCCAUGCUGUCUUGGAUCUCUGCCCAAAUCCCCCCUCGUCACUCUGUGCCUUUCCCCUGCUUCAUUUUUCUUCAUAGCACAUGUCACUCCCUGGAAUUGCUUUAUAUACUUCUUGGUUUAUUAGCAUCUACGUCUAUAGGAAGUAAGCUCCGUGAGAGCAGGAACUUUGCUUUGCUUGUUGCUGUAACCCUAGCAUCUGCAAGAGGGCCUGGCACAUAGUAGGUGCUGAAUAAAUAUUUAUCGGGUGAAGGGAUCAGCCACUUGUCAUGCCUCUUCUGAGCAGGGCAGCUUUUACUUUAAUCCGGUUUUUGUCCAAAAGAACAAAUUUAAGUAGCUAUCAAACUCAUGGUUUUACUGUUAUUAUUGCUUGAGAGGAGGUGAAUUUUUUUUCUUUAAAAGGCCAAUUUCAACUUGACGUACAGAAAACAGUUACGUAAAUACUAGCUCAGGUGGUGCGCAGGUGCGGUAAAGUCAGGAAAAUGGUAUCUGAGUGUCUGGCAAACACUAUGAGAUCAGAAAAUAUUAGUGGACAUCCUUCAUGUGAGUAAAAAAUUGUAUUGAUAUACACAAUUCAUCUUGAAAUAAUUAUGAGCCAACUUUUUCAAUCUCACGUGAUGUGCACUGUGUUCAUGGUUCUCUUAGAAUUAUCUUUGGCUUUGGGAAUUAUAAGUAAUGUACCUAAAAUUAAAUCCAAAACAUAUCCACAUUUGAGUUCAAAUAUUUCCUCUUUUAAAGUGUAACCAUGACUUUGAAGUUGCGUUAAACCACAGGUGUGUGUUUUUCUUCUAUUCAGGUUCAGUGAUACCUGGUAAUUUGGCAUGUAAUGAUGGGGCAGGCUCAAGGAUGUUCAAGAACAAAUUGCACCAUAUUGUUAAGUUCUCCCUAAUCUUACAAAAAUGAACCACCACAAAUCACUGAAUUUUAAUAUCUCCUGAAACUCUCCCAGCAAAAAAAAAAGGAAGAUACACUAAUGACUAAUUUAAAUGCUAGAAGGCGGGGAGGGGUUGAAAGAUAAUCCCAAGUAAACCAGAUUAGCCUACCUAUCAUUAUGAUUAUUUUUAAAUCACAGCGUUUCGUGGAAAAUGCGUUUUUGUGGUGCUGGGUUUCAGGGAUACUCUUCGUUAAAACCUGUGUAAAUGAAGUUAUAAAAUUGGGACUAGUGGAUGGGGCAGGUGAUUGGACAGGGGGACAAUAAAUAGUGGGGUUGAAACCCUCUUGUUGAUAAAAAUAUUGGUUUCCGUAUGUUAAGAAAAAAUAUCUCACGCUCUCCGUCUAGACCUCUAGACCGGUAGUCAGUGAGCCUGUGUACUUCUGUCUCCCCGCCAGAUAUUUGUUCCUGGCUGAAAGACAUUUUAUGAUAUUUAUUUGAUGACACACACCUGCUGGGUAGAUGAAAAGCUACUGCUCCUGAGGAUGACCUACUUCAAGCUUCUAAGGACUUUGGCAGGUUGUCCUGCCACAUCAUUUGAGCCCAUCUUGAUGGCGCCUGUUGAACAUAUGUAAGACGAGUGCAUUUGCAGACUUGUCGGAGGCAGAGUUGCUAAUCCCAGGGAAGAGGUUUCAGAGUCAUUACUGACUCUGAAAGUGUACUGAGACAGGAAAGACACACUGCUUUACCAAACCCACCUCUAGCAUAGGAAGUGCUGUUCUCAGCACUCGGGAUGGGGAUUGGCCCAGAAACCUGCCCCCAUGGAGUGGACCAUCUGGAAAGGGGAUCUUAGAGGGAUCCAUGUAAUGUGGUCCAAGGUAAAGAGAUGGACCCCAGGUGGGAGGUAGGGAGAAUGAGGGUUCAAGGUGACGUGAAAGAAAUUCUGACGCAGUGUUUUCCUGGGAGUUCACAGGACGGAGAGAGAUUUCUAGUUGAGAUCAGGGAAGAGCGUGGGAUGUUUGAAAUGCAUGGAGACACUGUCAUCAGAUUCGUCCUUUGAAGCCAACUUGUCUUUAUGUGUUCAUUUCCACAGACAUUUAUUGAGCACCAGCUAUUGUGACGAGGCAGACCUUAGGCCGUAAAGAUACAAAUGUAAAUAAUUUAUAUCCGUCUCUCAGUGUACACAGUGUAGUAAGAAGGCAUACCUAAACAGGACUUUUAUUAUAAAUGUAAAUAGAACAAUAGAGGUACAUAAGGAGUUCUUAGCCCUGUCGGCCUUCCUGGGCUUGCUGAUGCCCAACCUGAGUGCUGCAGAGUAAGUGCAAGUUAGCCAAAGAAGAGAAAACAGGGAAGUGGAGGCAUGCAAAUGUACGUUGUGCUCGGCAGCGACCAACUGUUCGGUUUUACGGAAUAGUGAAGAAGGUGAGGUGGGAAUCAGUGGGUCCCUUAGAGGGGCUGUAGCUUCCCUACCCAUCUCAUGAGCCCCUUGCCACCACUGCCCGAGUAAGUGGACUGCCCCUGCCAUGUAAAUGCAGCUUCAGAGCAAGUU